AUGACUCAGAAAGCCCCGAUGGUGAUUCUCGUGUUGUAUUUCCGCCUCUGGAUAAUGGGAGGAUCCAUGCCGAUGUUUUCAGAGCAGGACAAUCCAGCUUCAUUCUCUCCAUAUUUACUGACAAGGUUUUUAACUUACUCCUACCUUCUGGCCUUCAAUGCUUGGCUUCUGCUGGCACCCAUCACCCUGUGCUAUGACUGGCAGGUGGGCAGCAUCCCUUUGGUUGAGUCCAUCUGGGACGUGAGGAACUUAGCUACAGUGUUCCUGGUGCUGGUGAUGAUGUUGCUCAGCCUACACUGCAUCGCUGCAUUCAAGAAACUGGAACACAAAGAAGUUUUGGUUGGCUUGUUGUUCCUGGUUUUCCCAUUCAUCCCAGCCAGCAACCUCUUCUUCAGGGUGGGAUUUGUGGUGGCAGAGCGAGUCCUUUACAUGCCGAGUAUGGGCUACUGCAUCCUUUUUGUCCACGGUCUAAAAAAGCUGUCUACAUGGUUAAAUAAAUGGAGAGUUACUGUUCUGACCCUCUUUGCUUUACUGCUGCUGCUCUUCUCUUGGAAGACUGUGAAACAGAACGAAAUCUGGCUGUCACGAGAAUCCCUUUUCAGCUCAGGAGUGAAGACCCUGCCCCACAACGCCAAGGUGCACUACAACUAUGCCAAUUUUCUGAAAGACCAGGGCCGUAACAUUGAGGCAAUCUACCACUACAAGACUGCUCUCAA